CGCUCAUCAUACACUAAUCCAUCUCACUAGUCACUGGGAGUGGGAAUUCCCAUUAACAUCAGGUGUGUAUUUUGUUUGUAGGGCUCAUUUAAAUGGGUGGUAAAAGGAAAGCAAAGCCUCCAAAACCAAUUGCAUCCGAAUCUGUCGAAAGCAAGAAGAAACAAGAAGUUCCAAAGCAGUAUGCAUUUGAGAGUCAAGCUGGAGAUGGCAAAGAUGAAGACAAGUCCAUACUAAAGGUGCAUCUUCCGUCUGACCUGGAAAAGGAAAUCAUUUCUGAAAUUCUGAGGCUGAAAGAGUACGAAGAUGGAAAGAAGCUUUCUAGCAGAGUUACUGCCAAGAAACUUACGGAUUUCUACAACUCUUUGUCAAACAUUGGAUUUCAGCACAGCCACGUAUCUGACGCCAUGUCACACGUCAUCAAGAAUGGUGGAGAUCUCCAUGAUGCACUUGACUGGCUUUGCUUGAACCUUACCGACUCUUUACUACCACCAGGCUUCUCAGCGGAGUAUAUGGUUGUAGAAAAAAAACAAAACCCACCCCCACAAGUGGACGAACAAAAUAAAGAGAAAGAAUUAGCAAAACUUCAGGAAGAAGAAAAGAAAAGAAAACAGCAAGUGAAGAAAGAGAAAAGGCCAGAGGACAAUAUCACAAUGAAAGAUUGGAUUUUAAAGUAUGCUGAAGGUUAUGAUGAUGAUGAAGAGGAUGAAGAUGUGGAGAAAUCUGAAAAUGUAGAAAGGGAAUCAGAUACAGACCCAAAUGACAGGUAUUUAGAAUUAAGAGCAAAGUUCUGGGAUGCAAAGAGUGAGGCAACGGUAGCUAAGCAAUCACAGGAUUUAUCGGCACAGAAGACUAUUGGAAUAAAGAUCAAACAAAUUAGGGAUGAGAUGUGUGAAAUUGAGAAGCUUGAAGUGUUUGAUCAGCGUUUAAAAGUGGAAGAAAAAACAGAGGACCCGGUUCAACAGAAGAAAGAAACAGCAGUGAAGGAAGGAAAUGAAGAGAAUGAUGAACCAAUCGGCGCAUUUGCAUUAUUUGCAGCUGCCGAGGAAAAUGCAGCCUCGGACUCAAGUAAACCCAGUGAAAGUGAGCAGAAAAAGCCUGUUCUGGAUGUGCGAGAUUUGUCAUACACAAGACAGCAGUGGACAGGUAAAUCACCCAAACAGUUCCUAAUUGAUUGGUGUCGCAAAAACUUACCAAAGAGUCCUCCACCGAAGUAUGAAAAGAUUAACUGCCAUGGGGGAAGGUGGAAAAGCAGGGUGAAAAUUGAUAGGAAGAGCGAUGGUAUGUUAAAUGUGUGUCCAGACACCUUAACUGAGAAUGCAAUGGAUGCCCAGCAUUUGGCCAGUGUGCUUGCGCUAUGGACCCUCUGCCCUGGACAAUCUAUUCAUCAGUUGUUACCACCCCCUUAUCGCAAUGUUUGGAUGGAGUGGAAAGAUGCAGAGAUAAAAACUAAACAGGAAAGCAAACAAGAAAAAAACAAGCCUAGAGAUGAUUUUGUGACAAAACUUGUGAAACAACUGAAGAGUGUACAGAUUACCGAAGACACAAUUUCAGCUGAAGAGGAGGAGGAACAGGAAUCAUGGGAAGACAAAAAUUGGGAUGAGGAAGUGCCAGUUAUAACUAAAGUGAAAAAGCAUGCAAGGAUAUCGUAUGACAGAUUGCGUAAAAUUUAUGUAUCAAGACAGCAAUCAACACAGUUUGAAAGACUUUUACAAACUCGGCAAACACUACCAGUGUUCCAACACAAGGUUACCAUCCUGGAACAGAUUGCUAGCCACCCUGUGGUAGUGAUUGCUGGUGAAACGGGCAGUGGAAAAAGCACUCAAGUGCCACACUUCAUCUUGGAGCAUCUAUUGCUGACAAAUGAUAAACCUGGGCCUAGGAACAUUGUCUGCACACAGCCAAGGAGAAUAUCAGCUUCAAGCCUAGCCAGAAGAGUUUCAGAAGAAAUUGGGGAAAACGGUCCAGGAACUCAGGACUCCCUCUGUGGUUAUCAAAUUCGUUUAGACUCCAAGCAAACUACCUCCACUUGCCUGUUAUACUGCACAACUGGAAUUUUGUUACGGAGACUACAGAUUGACCCCUUUUUAGAAGAUGUUUCCCAUGUAAUUGUGGAUGAGGUUCAUGAGAGGAGUGUCCAAUCAGAUUUCCUUCUUAUUCACCUGAAGAAAAUUCUGAAGAACAGAAGUAAUUUCAAGGUGAUCUUGAUGAGUGCUACAGUGGACAGUAGUAAGAUGUCUGCUUAUUUCAGCCAUUGUCCAGUAGUCAGUAUACCAGGCAGGACAUAUCCUGUUCAGGUUCUUCAUUUAGAGGAUGUCAUAGAAAGGACCGGAUAUAAGUUGGAUGAUGAUUCACCGUAUGCAAUGAAACGCUCUACAGUUGAGGGUCAAGCCAAUUUGAAAAUAACUGGCAAAGGUGGGAAUGUGAGCAAUGUUAAGGUGUCAUGGGAGAGGGAUGACCUAACGACCUCUGACAUGAGCGGUCUUUCUUUAGAGAAAUACAGUAAACAGACACGGCAUGCUGUCUCCUUUCUACACCCAGACCGUAUAAAUAUGGACCUUAUUAUGGAAUUACUUAAUUUAUUGGAAACUGAUUCGGAGUAUGGAUCUGUAGAGGGCGCUGUUCUUAUCUUCCUGCCUGGUUUAGCAAAUAUACAAGAGCUUUAUGAAAUUUUACAAAGUGACAAGAAGUUCUCAAACCCUUCAAAGUACACUGUGUUAGCUCUACACUCAGUGUUGUCCUCUCAAGAUCAGACAUUGGCUUUCAAGUCAAGUCCUAUUGGUGUCCGGAAAAUAGUUCUAGCCACUAACAUAGCAGAGACAGGCAUCACAAUACCAGAUGUCGUGUUUGUUGUGGAUGCUGGCAAGGUGAAAGAAACAAGGUACUUAGAAGGUAGCCAGAUGAGUGUACUAGAAGAGACAUUCAUCAGUAAGGCAAGUGCUAAGCAGCGGCAAGGCCGAGCUGGUAGAGUGCGUAAUGGAUUCUGCUUCAGGCUGUACACACAUGAAAAAUACAAUUCUUUGAAGUCGUACACUAUUCCAGAGAUUCUAAGGGUUCCACUGGAGGAGCUGUGUCUGCAUAUACUUGAAUGCAAGCUAGGCCAGCCAGUUGAUUUUCUUAGCCAAGCCUUGGAUCCCCCACAGAUCAGCAGCAUUAAGGCUGCUAUGUCCCUGCUUCAAGAGAUAGGUGCAUGUUGCACUGACCAGCCUAGCCUAACACCUCUUGGACAUCACUUGGCUGCACUCCCAGUGCAUGUCAGGAUUGGGAAAAUGUUACUUUUUGGUGCCAUUCUUGGUUGCUUGGAACCAGUGGCAAUUAUUGCUGCUGCCAUGACUGACAAGUCUCCAUUUAUUGUGCCGUUAGAGAAGAGAGGAGAAGCAAAUGCAGCUAAGAGAGCAUUAGCCAUCGCCAACUCUGAUCAUAUUACUAUCUACAAAGUUUAUUCUGGGUGGAAAGAAGCAAGGAUUCGUGGCAGGAAGGAUGAGCACCAGUACUGUCAAAGGAAUUUCCUGAGUCGAACAUCAUUGCUAAAUAUUGAGAAUGUAAAGAAUGAUCUUAUGAAACUAAUUGAAUCCAUAGGAUUUUUGGAUGACUCGCCACACAGCGCUCCACAAGGCACCCCUGUCGCAUCUUUCUCAGAGCCUGGUGUGCUUGAGAUAAGUAAAACCCAGUCGGCAUGGCAGAAGUACUCAUUUAAACUAACAAAAGACAAUGUACUGUUACUAAAAGCAGUGCUUACUGCUGGGUUGUAUCCAAAUGUGGCGAAGAUCAACUUUAAACAAUCUGUUAACCCAUCAGAUCAGGAUGAAAGAUUAACCAUGGUUGAAACAGCCAAAGGAAGCGCUGUUCUUCAUCCAGCCUCUGUCAACAAAAUCAUAGCUUGUCAUGGGUGGAUGGUGUUCUUGGAGAAGGUUAAACAAUCAAGGGUCUUUCUUCGUGAUUCCACUCUGAUUUCUCCGUACCAUCUGCUACUGUUUGGUGGUGCUCUUGCCAUAAAGCAUCGUGAGCGCAUUGUGUCUGUGGAUGGAUGGAUCCAAUUCAAGGUAUAGUAUUACUAGUUCCUCUGAUAG